GUCCUAUGUUUCACGAUGCUGGGUCUGGGCUGCACGGUGGAGGUCAGUCAGCUGGGAGAGCACAUCCGCAGACCCAUCGGGGUGCUGCUGGCACUAGUGUGUCAGUUUGUGAUCAUGCCCCUGGUGGCCUUUCUGUUGGCUCUCGCCUUCUCUCUGGAUGAUGUGGCUGCGAUGGCGGUUCUUCUGUGUGGCUGCUGUCCUGGAGGGAACCUCUCAAACAUCAUGUCUCUGCUGGUGCACGGGGAGAUGAAUCUGAGCAUCAUCAUGACCAUAUCCUCCACUCUGCUGGCACUCGUACUGAUGCCGCUCUGUCUGUGGAUCUACAGUCGGGCCUGGAUCAACACACCCGUGGUGAACCUCAUGCCCUUCGGAGCCAUCAUCCUGACCCUGUGCAGUACUCUUAUUCCUAUUGGGUUAGGAGUUAUGCUGAGGUACCGCUACACGCGUGUGGCUGACAUUGUUUUAAAGGCGUCACUGUGGUCCCUGCUCGUCACCCUGGUCAUGCUGUUCAUCCUGACCGGGGCCAUGCUGGGGCCGGACCUGCUCUCCACCAUCCCUCCGUCCGUCUAUGUGGUGGCGAUCCUGAUGCCCCUGUGCGGCUACGCUGCAGGUUAUGGUCUGGCCGUGCUGUUUGAUUUGCCUCCCAACAGUCGCAGGUCCGUCUCCCUGGAGACAGGAUGCCAGAACGUGCAGCUGUGCACCGCCAUCCUGAAGCUCGCCUUCCCCCCACAGCUGAUGGGUGGGAUGUACAUGUUCCCUCUGCUCUACGCCCUGUUCCAAGCAGCAGAGGCAGGGAUCUUCAUUCUGGCCUACAGAAUGUACAGGAAGGAGGUCCUGCAUAAAGCAGAUCCUAUGGUGGAUGGUGAGGACACGGACAUCACAUAUCAAAGGUUUCAUGAUGAGGACAUUGACUUUGACUCAUCUUAUGGUGCAGUGACAGUGAGUGACCCCAACACCAUCAUGCUGGACCCUUGUCCUCCUGAUCCAACUCCGGUUUAAUGUGCUUCUUUAAGGGGGUCGAGGAGUAGAAAGAGACUAUGUAGUGGAUUUAUCAUUUCAUCCUUCAUAAUGAAAAAAAUCUCUGGGUUACAGGGAGACUAUGCAGGGAUAUCCAGAAUGUUCAUAAAAUGCUAAAAAAAAAAGGUGCUUCAUGUCAUAAACUUCAAUCAUUCAACAUAGCCAUGACUCAGUUCAUGUCUAAUAUACUGCUGAACACAACACGGCUAUGGAGUCAAUUUUAUCAUACGCUUUUUUUUUCUUCAGUAAAGUACCAAAAGUAAGACAGUAUUUUGUUUAAGCGGUGAACAGUGCUUUAAAACAGAGACAAACAUAUCAUAAAUCUUCAUUCCCACCAACACAGUGCCACUCCACUAUGUGCUCCAUUAUCGACCACCUGUCUGAA